UUUGGCUCUGAAGAUACCCCCUUAUUUCACUGAGAAAGGUUCAGUGAAAUCUGGGGGAAGGAUGGGACAACACACUCAGGUUAGCCCACCCCAGCUCUGAGUAAAGGAUGUGUACGCAGCAGCAAUGCGUUAGCAGAAGGUACAUUAAUUUGUCCAUGCCUUUGGGCCCUCUUCUUGUAAGGUGAUAAACACUCAGAGAAGGAAAGUCCAUGAGGGAAUUGUGUAUUUAACGGAGGGUUUGGGUUACACACUGUAAAGCAGAGCUCAAGUCAGGUACUAAAUGUUUUUUAACACUAAUGUAGGCAACUUAUAUAUUUCACUUUUUAAAAAAUAAACAUAUAACCCUCAAUUUCUGUCCCCAAACCUCAGAUCUCUCUCAGAAUACACUACGUUCCCAGAUUCAUAGAAAAGAUAUUAGCUGCUCUAUUGCCAUACAUUCCACUAAUUUUGUGCUUGAUUUCAAAGUGUCCCAGUAAAUGUAUGGGAAGAACAGGAAGGGAGGAAGACAGACAGGUGAUUAAGGUUAAAAGGAAAGGAAAGAUAAAGCAAAAAAGAAGAAAAAAAAAAAAGCCAUACACCAAAGAUUCAUCACUUAUCCCAAGAAUACAUCUCUCAGCCUUUGAGCACACCCUGAGCAACCACAACGUAAUCCCAUGUGCUCCAGUUCAGAACACUCCCAUUAACAAAAGCACAAGCUAUCAGAGUAGUAAGCGUUACAGAAAAGGUCGCAGCUAGUCCUGGGAACAGUUGAAGAAAAGAAAACACCAGCCCUUUAACUUAAGAGUGCUUACUGCUUUGCCAACUGCACAAAUGUGUCUUUCCUGAAACCAGUUCAACACUGAUCUUUGUGGAAGUACGUAUAAGUACACAAAAAUAGCACUGACCAUCUGCAGCACUUGAGAUCUCUAUCACAUUUAGCCAAGUGGUAAGGCACGACUCACCAGCUCUUCAACUUUCUGCUUGCGGAGAUACAACUCACUCCGAACCACUAUCACUAUCAAAACAGAUAAUGAAGAUAAUACUGCAAAGCAUUUCUUUAAAGAACUAAAGCCUAUCCGGCUGCGAAGGAGCAGGCAAUGGGUAAAGCAGGGCAGACAGAAGACUGCGCUCCAGCCAGUCUCCCAGCAAAAGAAGAGGCCCUGUGCCUGAGAAUGGAAGGUGCUCUAGACCCUUAACAAAAAGCACCACAGCAGUCGAAUCACAAAAGGAACAAAGAUACUGUAAGAUGUUCAACUCCAGUACAAACUCCUCAGGAAACAACUGCAGUCACAGCACAGUAAUAACUAAGAUAGUCAUUCCCCUGGUCUACUGUUUCAUUUUUAUAGUAGGACUCUUGCUGAACGGUGUGGCAGCAUGGAUCUUUCUAUAUGUUUCUAGCAACAAGAGUUUUAUUGUCUAUCUCAAAAACAUCGUUGUUGCUGAUCUCCUAAUGAGCUUGACAUUUCCUUUCAAAAUUCUUGCCGAUUCUGAAAUUGCACCUCCACAGCUCAACACGUUUGUGUGCAGAUACUCUGCUGUUGUUUUCUAUACAAACAUGUAUAUCGGGAUAACAUUUUUUGGCCUUAUAAGUUUUGACAGAUACUACAAAAUUGUAAAGCCUUUAUUUACUUCCUUUGUUCACACGGUUAACUACAGUAAGGUGGUCUCUGUAAUCAUAUGGUUAUUGUUAAUGCUUAUAUCAUUUCCAAAUAUGAUUUUAACGAAUGAAAUCACUAAAGAAAAUUCUUCCAAAAAAUGUAUAGUUCUUAAAAGUGAGCUUGGCAGACAGUGGCACAAGGCGUCAAGUUAUAUUUCCAUAGGGAUAUUCUGGGUUGUUUUUAUUCUGCUAAUAAUUUUUUACACUUCUAUAUCAAAAAAAAUAUAUAGCUCCUAUAAAAAAUUCAGAAGGAACUCAGAUGUGGCCAAGAGAAAAACCAGCCGUAAUAUAUUCAGUAUAAUGUUUGUAUUUGUCAUUUGCUUUGUACCCUAUCACCUCUGCAGAAUACCAUACACUAUGAGUCAAACUAGCUCACAAUUCAACUGCCAGUCAUCAAAAAUGCUGUUCUAUGCAAAGGAGUUUACGCUUCUACUGUCUGCUGCAAAUGUGUGCCUUGAUCCCAUUAUUUAUUUUUUCCUCUGCCUACCCUUUAAAGAAAAGCUGUAUCAAAAACUGCAUCUCAAGCUGAAAACUUCAAGUGACGUUGAAAUUUCUAGAUCCAGAAGAUCAAAUACACUUCGGGAAAGUAUAAACAUAGUGUAGGUCCAGGUCUGUAAAGAAAUGCACGUUUCGGAAAGUCAUUAAAGAAUUCAAGUCUCAAAGAAACUGAACAGAUAAAACCAGCAAUAAAACAGGUUUCAGCAUCAAAUACCAAGUGGUGUUUCUCUGUAUGAAAACAUUACUGCAUGUCGCCAAUAUAUUUACUCUAUGCUAUUCCCGCUGAUGCUACGAUUACGUUAUGGUGUGAUAUGACCUAUCUGGAUCUCAAAAAAGGAGAGAAGAAUAACUGCAAUAACGCAUUCUGGAGCUCCAGGCCAUGGUUCUCUGAAUGGAUUAUCCAACAGACCAAAUGAUCAAACUGAUUUGCCAUUGUUUCUCAGGAAGCCAGGCAUGACACACAUGAUGGUCAACAAACUAGCCUGAAGGGCCUGGGAACAACUGAUAGCUCCACCUCGGCUGGAGCAGACCCCUCAGAAGCAAUACAAUGAUGUUCAGCACCAGCCUUUCUGACUUGGCCUCCACCAGCCCAUAAAAGAGGACUGAGAUCCUGAGGGGAAGCUCUCUCAUGUAUUUACCAGCCCACAAAGCAAAGCACUGAAGGCAGUAUGCAGCUUAAGGAAGGACUCCAUUCCAACAACUGGGGGGAAAAAAUAAUAAUUAAAAAAAUGCAGAUCAAAUCCUCAAAGAUCUGCAUAUAGCCUGAAAAAGCCUUGGUAAUAUUUUUUUACAUAUAUAUAUAUAUAUAUGAUUUCUUAAGGGAAACAUUCUAUAAAAUUAAGAAUUAAACACAAUUAUUUGUUAGCCUUAGACACCAAAUGUCAGAAUACAUCUAUAAAAUGUGAUGCUUAAUAUAAACAAGUGUUUAAAGAGAAUCCUUCUAGAAACUAAAUGGCACAGUUACACUGUACCAUAUUCCUCAGGACUUUUCAAAAAUAACAUGGCGUAUGCCAAAAAUGUUCACACCUAACUGACAGAUUUUAGUAACUCCCUUUCUGUUGUUGCAGAAGGAGGUAAGGACAGUCAAGGAGCCAUUUAAAAACACACACAUGUGGCUGUCCAGUUGUCUAGAAACUCUGGUGUAUAUUUAACUACAGAAAGAAUGAUUUGUUGUUUUUCCUAUGCUUUUGGCACAAUGAUAAAACAUUUCUCUCUGUACAAAGGUAAUAGCUGAAAGCCACCAACCUUCUAUAUAUAAAUAUAAUCUCUUUUUAACUGUUUUUCACUGCAGCCUUUUUUUUUUUUUUUUUGAUUGAUUGAUGUUAUCAUUGCACAAGGAAAACACAUUUGUGCAAAAAAUACCCACAAAAGCUUUCAGGCAAUGGCUCUGGAAGCUGAAUGCUUUAAAUUUUACUUAACAAAGAAGAUACAGGAACAGAAAUAACAUGUGCUUCACCAUUCUGCCACUGUGUCUCAUUUUAGUCCUACCAGAUAAUCUCUCAGGGUGAAAGAUUUUUAAAUAUAUGGUCUUUGAUCCUUCUCCAAGCCUGUGGGUAACUUAUUUUGGUCUGACCUACAGUAAGAGUAAAUAUA